UGUGGGCCCCGGUUGCCGCCGCACCCAAUAUAACGAGAGAGGAGAGAGUAUCCAGAGAAGCGAGAGAUUGUCCGGCGAAAAUCCCCAUCUCCCCCCAUAGCGCGCCCCCCACCCAAAAUCCAAUCGAAAGCCCGGCGAUUCUCAAUUCCAUCCUAAUCGCCCACCCUGCCGGGGCGAGAUGAGUUACUCCCUCAUGUUGUCCGGCAACGGCAACGGCAACGGCAAGGUGGACGCCUGCGUAGGUGAGGCCUCCGGCAUUAGCGAGGAGGAAGUCUGCGUGGGCGAUGACGACGCCAGCUGCAAGGGCGAGGCCUCCGUCGUGCUCUCCGGCAAGACCAGGUACGCCGUCAAGCGCAGAGGUACGGCGGAGUAUCCCUGCGUGAAGCGGCUCCGCGAGCGGCGCCUCCUCUCCUUCCUGCAGGACCAAGGCUUCCACGGCGCCUUCCAAGCGCUGGUCGACAAGACUCCGGUGAUCUUCCGAGUGGGGCACAUACGGCUGCUGGUGGAGCAAGGCCGGUGGGCGGACGCCCUCAGCUACCUCAACGCCUACCUGCCGCCGCUCGUCAAGAAUCACACGAGGAGCCGCCGCGCCCAGCUCUUCCAUAACUUCCUAUGGAUGCACUACCGCUUCGCCAACGCCGUCGCCGGCAACAGGGAAAACCAGGAGUACCUGGAAAGGCGUUACGGAAAGAAGUCGAGGAGCUCCACGCUCGCCGAGCUCAGGUUCCGUCGUAUCGCCUACACCAUACUUGCCUCAGAGCCCCACCAGCUCGUGGCCACCUACGACUGGAACCAAGUGAGGCAGCACGCCUCGUUUCUAGUCGACUAUCUGGCCAACACUACGCCAGAGCUCAGACGCUCGAUGCCAUUGCCGUCUCGCUACAUGAUGCCACAGCAUGUACUUCCAAUUGGAUCCGGCCGUUUGCACUGGAGGGGGCAUCGCCUAGUGAAGAAACAAGGUCCCAAGAAGCCAGACACAGAAGCUAUCCUUGUGGCCUUGAAGAGCCUCUACAGGGAUCCAAGAGCCGAGUCAAACAAUGACGCGCUGGAAAUGUUGGUGGAUUUACUUGAUCAAACUUUUCAGGCUGGUCUACGUAGAGGCUGCAAUCUAAGCUAUGCAUCUCAGCCAAGUGUAAAGGAAGGUGGCCCUGAUGCUCCGGAUGUGGAGUCUAUGCUCGGCAGCUCCACAGAUAAUCCUGAAGGCCAUGCCACAUCAUCAGUGCUUUUUUCUGUUGCUCCAUUUUUCCAGAUCCGUUCUUCUGGUGCUUUGGAAGUACGUUCUCAAAACCCAGGAAUCUCAUCAGUGACAGACGCAGGUGGUCCCGAUGCUCGGGAUGUGCAGUCUAUGCUAGUCAGCUCCAAAGAUAAUGCUGAAGGCCAUGGCACAUCACCAGUGAAAUUUUGUGUUGCUCCAGUUUUGAAGAUCAUUUCUGGUGCUUUGAAAGUUCAUUCUCAAAACCCUGGAAUCUCAUCAGUGAUGAAUGCAGGCGCAAAUAAGGGUUUAAUACAAGGAGGUUGUCAUACUGAGAAUCCAAGCAAAGGAUCGACAACUGUUGAGGAUGAUAUUUAUUCAAAAAAAAAAGCAACGGACGACUGGGGCAUUUGGUGAAGUGAGCUCGGUCUUAGCAGGGUCAGCAUUAAAUGUACAAGCACCACUAGUUGAGGUCAUUUUUUAGUUGAUAGGUUGCUUCGGUUGCCUGUUUUGAGAAAAAAAAUACAUUGGUAUUGCAUGGUAGACAUAGUUGGUUUUCAGAUUUUGCCUGUGGAGCACAAUGUUUUUGAUUGAAACUUAUGUCACUUCCCUAGAAUGGCGAAAAGUCAGGUCAACAUUUCUAUUCUGCAAAUGCCUUUACUGAACAGUUGACUGGUGUCCGUGGUGGAUGUGAAAUACCAUUAUAAUUGUUUGGAUUUAAUAUAUUUUUAAGCCUAGCAGGUUGCUUAGUUACGAAUAGUUUAUGUUCACGAACCAUAAAUUUUUUUUUGCAACAUAACGAAUUCGUUGUGUAAAUGGCAAUUUGUCUAUUGUUCAUCCGUCAUGUUGUAUGGGUUAUCAUGUGAGGUAGAAAUAUUUAAUCUGGACAAUGCUGAUACAUGGAAUUACUUGCUUGGGGGUGCAAGUAUCGGCGAUUGGAGGCCGUGCGUCCACUGACACUCUAGUGAACGUCAUGCCAAAGCUGAGUCGUGUCUCUUCUUUCUGAGGAGAUGGUUGAUGGGCUGCCGAUCCUGUUGCAGCUAGCAUUUGGUUGUUUCGUUUCUGUUGCUGCUAUACCACUUAGUACUUGCGCCUUCAUUAUGUUACCUGCUUGAGGCUUUGCAGCUCUCAUAGAACUAGAUGUGUCAUGUUAUCAUGCUUGCUACCUUAUGAAUUAGUAGUACUAUUGUUAAAACUGUAUCAGCGAAACACUAGUAAAUCAUCAGACUUAUCAUGGACUUCAACUGAACACCUGGAUGCUUUGACUUUUGUGAGUGUGAAAGAUGCUAUUCUAGUUUUUCAUGCAAAA